UCCAAUACCAUUAAAAGCAGUCAAAGUCGAAAUCAAUGGUGCCAGCUGUUGGUCAAAACCCCAUAUCAAUAUAAAAUUCUGGUACAUGUGAAUGAAAGAAGAUAUCUUCCUUCAAACUUCGAAGUGAUAAAGGUUAGCCAGUUACUUCCAUCUCCGAUCUGCCUCCAUUUCUCCAUGUUUCAGAUCAAGCUUCUCCUUCACCUACCCUUUCUUGCACUACUAUUCCAUACAUCCUUCAGCUCUGCUCCUCCUGGUAACAUAACAUACACCUGCACACACCACUCUUCUUGCGGCGAUAUUGCCAACAUUACCUACCCUUUCCGAUUAAAAAGCAGUCCCUCAAACUGCGGUGACCGCAACUAUGAAGUCUCUUGUGAGAACAAUCGAACAAUAGUUGAAUUGGGUUUCAGAAAAUAUGUUGUGAAGGCAAUCAACUACAAGAAACGUACAAUUCGGGUUGCUGAUAUUGGUGUCCAAGAAAACAACUGCUCUUCUUUUCCUCUUUAUUCUUUAAGCCCAAAUGGAAAUUUCUAUUCCAUAAAUGGACCCUAUUACAUUGCCGACUGGUCUAACAUAGAACAGAUAGCAUUUGUAAGCUGUGAAACACCAAUGAAGUCUCCUUCUUUUGUGGACACUGCUCCUUGUAUUGGUUCCAACUCUUCUUUGUCCUUCUAUAAGAGAAGAUAUCAUUAUGUAAUCGUCGACAGAAUUGAGGUUGUUGAGAUGGGGGAUUUUUGUGUGGUGGAUAUAGUAGCAAUGACAACAUUGCUGCGAGGAAAUAAGAGGAACUUCACUUAUAUGGACAUCCACAGAGAGCUUGCUUACGGUUUGGAGCUUUCAUGGGAUACCAUUGACUGUGAAGGUUGCAGAGGAAUAGGGUAUUGUGAAUUCUACAACAACACCAUUAUCCACAACUGCAUAUUCCCCAAAGGCCGUGACUUCCAAUGGUUUAUCAGCAAAAUUGGCUUCUUCUUCCGUGCACUUGUUUUUGUGCUCCAGUAUUUUGUGGCUCCAUUUGUGAUUGGACCAUGUAUUGGCCUGAGAACAAUAGUUGGUUUUCCAUGUCUCUUUGGGUUUUUGAUUUAUAAAUGGCGAAGGAGGCAUCUAUCGAUGGAUGAUUCGCUUGAAGAAUUUCUGCGAAACCAGCACAAUCUCAUGCCAAUAAGGUACUCUUACACGGAAAUAAAGAAGAUGAGCAAAAGAUUUGAGAAAAAAUUGGGAGAAGGUGGUUAUGGAACUGUAUAUUUAGGAAAGCUUAGAAGUGGCCGUUUUGUAGCUAUUAAGAUGUUAGGCAAAUCGAAAGCGAAUGGACAAGAUUUUAUCAAUGAAGUUGCAACAAUAGGGAGGAUUCACCAUGUCAACGUGGUGAGACUCAUUGGCUUCUGUGCCGAAGGAUCAAACCGCGCUCUAGUAUACGAUUUCAUGCCUAAAGGGUCUCUUGACAAAUACAUUUUUUCUAAAGAAGGAUAUAACUCCUUGAGUUGGAAGAAAAUGUACGAGAUCUCUCUUGGAGUGGCACGAGGAAUCGAAUAUUUACAUAGAGGUUGUGAAAUGCAGAUCCUACACUUUGACAUCAAGCCUCACAACAUUCUUCUCGACGAGAAUUUUGUUCCAAAGAUUUCUGAUUUCGGACUCGCAAAACUGUACCCGACAGACAAUAGCAUUGUCACUCUUACUGCUGCAAGAGGAACUAUAGGAUACAUUGCACCAGAAUUGAUUUACAAAAAAAUUGGAGGCGUUUCUUACAAAGCCGAUGUGUAUAGUUUUGGAAUGUUGUUAAUGGAGAUGGCAGGGAAAAGGAAGAAGCUGGUAUCAACAACAGAGAACUCAAGCCAGAUUAGUUACUUUCCUAAUUUGGUUUAUGAUGAAAUCAUCAAUGGAAAAGUUGCAGAAAUCGAGGAUACGUCGGAGGAGGAGGAGAGCAUCGUCAAGAAGAUGAUGAUAGUGGCAUUGUGGUGCAUACAGAUAAGUCCCAGUGAUCGUCCUUCGAUGAGAAAGGCAAUCCAAAUGCUCGAAGCAGACACUCAACACUUGAGACUACCUCCUAAGCCAUCUCUGAGUUUAGAAGGAAUGCUACCAGCAGCAGAGGAUGCUGAAGAAAGUACAGACCCAACAUGGUCUUCAUUUGCAUCAAAUGCAACUGCAGAGUCCGUCAGAUUGAUUGUAAACACAGAAUGAAUGACCGAUAUACGCUACAUGAUUCAGCUGUCUUUUUAUCAGUGUAUAUUAUUACAACAAAUGUCCUAUUUUGUCCUUUU